AUGGCCCAGUUUUUAGCCACCAUCUAUGACAACAGUUUGGGCACUGAAUUACCUGAAGGUGUAGUACAAAAGCGGUUUCAACAAACACCAGCAGCGAGUGCACAAGCUGUCAAUGACGCAGAGGCUGCUAUGGCGUAUUGUCGAGAUGAAGUCUUGCCAGAAUUGGAUGUGGUAGAUCGUGACAUUGUACGACCCCUGUUGGAGCUUUCAGAAAUCGUCAAGACAAUCAACAAAACCAUGGUGAAACGCAACCAUAAACUUAUUGAUUAUGACAGACAUCGUUUGUCGAUACAGAAAUUAAACAACAAGACUGAACGAAGUUUUAGUGAAGAAAAACAGAUUUUCAAGAUUCAAGCACAAUUGGAUACAGCUACACAAGAUUACAAUUAUUUGAAUGAUAUGCUCAAGACAGAGUUGCCAAGAUUCUUUGAGAUGAAGACUGCCUUUUUUCAGCCUGUGUUUGAGCAUUUGUUUAACAUGCAAGCUCGUAUUUAUGGUAUUAUCUAUGCACGUUGUUAUGAACUGCUCAAUCAAAACCUCGAAACAUUCCAAACACACACCAUGGGCAUUGAAGAAGGUUUUAAUUGGAGAAAACAACAAAGAGAUGCAAGGGCAGAAUAUGAGAAUUUGGAUCUAUUAAAGUCGGGUGGCAAGGCAUGGUUGGCUGUCUCUGGCGGUGCUAAUAACAGUAAACUCACAUUACAAGAACGUCGUGCUAUUAAAGCAGCAGAAGCACAAAAUGAUGGCCACUCUCCAUCACCUGCUACUUAUGGUAGUAGUAGUGGUGGUAAUAUUGACCCUUAUUAUCACCAAUCGCCUAGUUCACCACCACCACCAGCUUAUGGUAAUGCGGGUGUGACAUUAGACUCAACGCCCAUGAGUUAUGGUAAACAGUCAUGGCAACAACCACCUGUUGCUGUCAACAAUAAUAACCGGCCGCAGAAAUUCGUCAUUGCUCUUUAUGACUAUGUAGCUCAAGCGGAAGGGGAUCUUAGUUUCAGAAAGGAUGACAAGAUUGAAAUUAUCGAAAGAACAGCAGAUACAAACGAUUGGUGGACUGGUAGAUUAAAUGGUGUUACCGGUGUCUUUCCAGGCAACUAUGUUGCAGAAUUAUAA